UCAGUCUCUGUGACGAGCAGCUGUCUGGAAUUACAGAAUCAAGUCGGGGUGAGGGGUUGUGGCGGCAGCAGAAGAAGUCAACAGUGGCGAGUGUCUCAGGGACUGUGUUGCCAUGAGGUCUAUGCUGACAUGACUGCAGGGAUGUGUGUUCCUCUGGUGGCUCUUCUCAGCGUCGUCAUGCUUCCCUCCGUGUCAGCUGGAGGUUUCUACUGUGCGAAAACAGCAAGAGCACGUGCCGCUGCCUUGGGUUUGGAUUAUCCUGGAGUCCACGGAGCCCCGGAAUUCUCUGGACCAGCUCACCAUGAGGUGCACCCUGACAUGAUGCCACUGACGCCUCAACCGCAUGAAGUCGAUGAUCCUGAUGAGGGAGAAUCUAACGUGGCCUCUGACGGACACAAUGAACGACAAGUGGGAUCAUUCGAUGACGGCGCACGUAAACAAGCUCAACCCAGGAGUUCUAAGUCCACAUUUCUACUGAGCCGCGGCGCUUACAAGCCAGUUCAAAGCGAACACACCAGUUUUCCCAGAGGACAGAUGGACAGUAACCACAGGUUCAAUUUUGAGGAGGUCAAGCAUGUUGCCCCGCCAACGCUGUUUCAAGCCUCGGGCUGGUCUGACCUUGCGAAUUGGGAUCCUCAAGGUCGCGGCGAGUCGCUCUCAUUUGUCUACAACAAGCACAACCUUGUUUUUGACGAGUCUGCCCCAAAUAGACGUGGCAUGUCUCUGAGUGGACUCCCACUGCCUCGAAGCAGGGGUCGUGGCAUUUACCACGGGGGUCUAACCGGAUUUGGCCCGAGUAGAGGAGUCCCUGUACUCACUUCAUCUCGUUUCCCCAGCAAAAGCCACGUCAGAGCGAUGAUUAACCGAAGUCCUGCGCUUGGUAGACGGGGAAAAAUGAGGCUCCCUGACCAUCUACUUCGGUCCCUGUACAGAAACCUCAGUGUCAAACAGUUUGUUCAAGGUAACCCUGCUCUUAGACUUGAAUGAUUUAAAGAAAAAAGUUGUUGAACUAAAGGGUCUGACUCUGAGCUCCACUUUCUUGUCAAAUUAUUAAAGUUAACAGGCAUUUUGUGAAAUAAAACAGAUUUCAGAAUCUAUUUGAUUUUACUGAAUGAUGCAAUGUCCAACUUAUCUGUGUACAAGCUGUUGUGUUGUUGCUCUUAAACAAAACACAUCACACUUUCCUUUCUAAAUCCUUAUAAUUCCAAGUGUUAAUCCACCUCCAUCAUAACUGUCUUCCCCGAGGUCUGGGUGUUACCAGAGUGCCAUCUGUUGGUUGUAAUGGGUACACAUCUCUUUUUUUUCAUUGUUGAAUACAGGUGCUGCUUAACA